AAAAUCCAAACAGAGCACUCAGGUUUCUUUCUUUGUCUGUUUUUUCAAUUUCAAUUUCAAUACACAAGACACACACUACAGUUUCUAAGCUCCGGUUUUAUAUGAAUCAAACAAAAAAAUCAUGAACAAAAACAUUACCAUUAUAACAUCAAUAUUCUCAAAACACUGAUACAAAAACCAAACUAGUUCCAUUUUCAUUCUUGUUAUGUUAAUGCGUCACUUUAACAAAUCUGAUUCUGAAAUCGGAAAAGAAAACUUCAAUCUUUCUUCCGAUUUCACCCAUUUCUCAAUCCAAGUUACACCUUUUUCUUCACCUUCUCCUCAUCAUUUUCACCAUGAACAACGCUUCUCAAGCAACACUCCAUCAUCACCUUCUCAAACACCUACACACAACAAAACCCAUCAAAACAAACCUUCUUUUACAAUACCCUUUACCUCAAAGUUUCAAUCUUUCAAGCUUCUCACACGUUUUCAUUUCAUCAUCUUCGUAUCUUUAACAUCUCUUUACUUUCUCUUUUCACGUCCAACUCUUCUUGAUUUUCUCUUUGUGCUACUUUUCUCAUCAGCACUUUUUGUUUCUAUCAACCUAUUCUUCUCAAGAUCGUUGAAUAAUAAGCUUUCUUCAUCGCAUUCUCAUCAACAACGUGUUGUAUGGUCAAUUGGGUCGAAGGAUGAGGAGUUAAAGAGCUUAAAUUCUGGAUCUUGGGUUCAAGUUUAUAGCAAUGGGGAUGUUUAUGAAGGUGAGUUUCAUAAGGGGAAGUGUUCAGGGAGUGGUGUUUAUCAUUUUCAUAUGAGUGGAAGAUUUGAAGGUGAUUGGAUUGAUGGAAAGUAUGAUGGUUUUGGUGUUGAAACGUGGGCUAGAGGAAGUAGGUAUCGUGGACAGUAUAGGAAGGGUUUGAGGCAUGGAAUUGGAAUUUAUAGGUUUUUUGGUGGUGAUGUCUAUACUGGUGAAUGGUGUAAUGGUCAGUGUCAUGGGUUUGGAGUUCAUACUUGCAAUGAUGGGAGCCAUUAUGUUGGGGAAUUUAAAUGGGGUGUUAAACAUGGAUUAGGACGCUACCAUUUCAGAAAUGGGGACAUAUAUGCCGGAGAAUAUUUUGCAGAUAUGAUGCAUGGCUUUGGAGUUUAUCAAUUUCAAAAUGGUCACCGAUAUGAGGGUGCGUGGCAUGAAGGAAGAAGACAAGGACUGGGAAUGUACACUUUCAGAAACGGGGAAACACAGUGUGGUCACUGGCAGAAUGGGAUUCUUGAUAACCCUAAAAAGCAAGACAGUCAUAUUGGGUCUCCAUGUGCUGUAGACCAUGCCAAGGUUUUCAAAGCUGUCCAGGAUGCUCAUUGUGCGGCAGAGAAAGCCUACGGCAUGUCAAAGAAGGAUGAAAUGGUGAAUAAAGUAGCAGCUGCAGCUAAUAAAGCAGCAAAUGCGGCUAGAGUUGCAGCUGUGAAGGCUGUGCAAAAUAGUAUGCACCGUGAUUACAAUGUUCAAUGAUGCUCCCUCAUUUCGUCUGUCGUGUGAUGAUUGAAGAGUAUAUCUUCUAUCAUUCUCCAUCAUAGGUUGCACACAGAAUACUACUAUGAGAAAGCAACGGAAGCAAAAGGAAUGAAGAUAAAAGAAUCAUAGAAAUGCAGGAAAACAAAUGAGAUCUAAUUCGAUUUUGGUAAGUCAUGUACCUUGUUCUCAUCGUCACUUAGGAGGUGUUUCUAUUUCUCUGUAUUGGUAUAGCAAGUGAGGUUCAUAUUUGGAACCACUUUUUGUCAUUGAACUCUAUGGCAGAUUGUGGAGCAAAUAGGUUCCUCACUUUUAGUAGCUUAUUUUAUCAUUAUGAACAUAGGAAGAGUAAGGAUAAUAUACUAUAGAGUUGCAAUGUGUAUUGUGGCAUAAGUGCCAAAAAAAUUACCAAAGUUAGUAUAGGGUUUGAUUUCACGCCAGAGAGCAUCAAAAUAUAAUUGAUUAUGCCUCUUGGUGAAAAUACAAGUGUUUGGUUGCUGUCAUACAAAAUUGAUUUUACCUCCAAAUUUCAAUUUGACUAAAUGUCUGUUUGUUUUUGCA